AUGGUCAGAGAGAUCGAUCCACCUUUGAUUCAGAAAGAAUUCCUGCUAGCUGCUUUGGCAGAAGGGAAGCGAUUAGAUGGGAGAAUACCGCUGGAGCAGAGGAAGAUCGAAUUUGUCUUUGGGGAGGAGUUGGGAAACGUGGAGUGUAGACUUGGAAAAACAGCUGUCCUCGCCCAGGUAACAGCAAGUAUAGUGAAACCGCGAGAAGAUAGACCGUACGAAGGUUUCUUGUUGAUAAAUUCGGAGAUCGGUCCUAUGGCUAGCAGUGUAUACGAGAAUGGAAGAUCAAGCGAUUCAGAGAUCCUCAUAACGCGUCUGCUGGAAAAGUCCAUCCGUCGAACGGAAGCCAUUGACCGCGAAGCUCUAUGUAUACUAGCAGGCGAGAAAGUAUGGCAAUUACGAUUGACUCUACAUUUCCUCAGCGAUUCGGGCAAUCUGUUGGAUUGCGCUUCGCUGGCGAGUAUGAUGGCGUUGAAACACUUUAGGAAACCUGAUGUGGAAGUGAUCGGAGAUGAGGUCAUCAUUCACUCGCCCGAGGAACGAGCACCGGUACCACUGGCCAUACAUCAUACCCCUUUAUGUCUAACUUUUGCAUACUUUGAAAACCUCUCACCGAUUCUCGAUCCUACGCACCUCGAGUCUACAUUGUGCUCCGGUACUUUGACGGUAACGAUGAAUGCUCAAAGAGAGAUCUGCGUACUAUCAAAAGCCGGUGGUACACCUUUGUCUGUCGAGGAAAUCAUGGGGGUAGUCCGAGUAGGCGUGGAUAAAGUUAGAGAUAUGGUUAAGAUCAUGGACGAGGCUUUAGAGAAGGACAGGGAGAAUAGGGUUGUUGAAGUGCAAUGA